CUCUUUCCUUUUCUUUUUGUUCUGUUCUAUUCUUCUGCUUUCGUUUCUCUACUACAGAUCUACCAACAUUUGACUCUUUUCCUUCAUGCUUGUGUAUUGUAAUCCUUUCCUCAAACUUUUUUCAGCUUCUGUGAGCUGCUAUCUGUUUAUGUUAUUUAUUUAUAUCUGUUGUGUUGUUUCUCUGAAUUGAAACAUACAUGUAUGUAUAAUUUAUCAGGCUCUGGAGCGUUGCGAUGCUUCAUCUUAUAAUUCAAAUUGAAUUUACAAAUAGAUUGUAAUAUUUCCCCUUCCUGAUUCUUGCCUACUGUGUUUAUUUUCAAACAAUCUGAAUUACAUCGUUAACUGCUGGUUAUUUCCAGAUCUGGUGGUUGUCUGUGCUUCUGGAUUUUUCUUUUUUCAAGUAUAGGAUAUUUGAUUCCUCUUAUUCAUCUUAGAAAGUUAACAGGUGCUGGUAAAUUUAUCAUUAUCAUGUUAGUUUAAAUAUUAAUUUGUAGGUAAUUAAUAUUUGGUUGAAUCCUUUUUGGUUGUAUGCUGAGAUUUGUGGAAAACACUGGAAGCUUGUCUUUGUUAGUUUUGUUUUUUUUAGAUCAAGGGUUAUGCUAAUAUCUAAUAUGCAUUCUUGUUCAAGUAAAUAUUUGUAUUAAAAAUAACUGCGAUUUACAAUUUUGAAUCUGCAGAUUUUGAACCUUUUUUUCUCAUUGAUUUUUAUGACUUAAGUUUUUCUUAUUCUUAUGUGAACUGUUCUAAGUCCUGUUUGAUUCAGACCGUAUGAACUUGAAGAAAAUGGAAGUUUGCGGUGGCUAAGUCUCGGCAACUUCUAUGGCCUACUCUGGUAUCUGGGCAAUGUGUGAGGGAGGAUACAGCGUAGGCAAUUUAACAAACAAUUUGCAGAAGACAACAAUUAAGAAGAAUCACAGUGGGAGCAGAAUAAUAACUGUUAUGGAAUUUGAAUCAGACUGGACAAAGCAUAGAAAAUCAUCUGCUCAUACUGCUCAAGUGAUUAGUUCUGCAACAUCGUUCAUGCCUUGGUCUCGUAGAAUCCCAAUUGUUGAAGGAUUUUAUGAAUUUCUUUAG